AUUUCGCACAGUCGGGUCGCUGUGCAUAGAAGACGUGAUAUCCAACGAGCGAGAACGCGCCGUCGCACGUCCCAUGAUUACCGAGUCUGACCUGGCGGACUGGCCAAAAAUCUCCACUGACAAUGCCGGUCGAUUGGAUGACGGGAAUGUCUUCAUCGGCCCUACGGAAUCAGAGGCUCGGCUCCUGAAAUUGAAGCAUUUUGUCUUCGCCGAUUCUCAAGAUCUGUCCAAACGACCUCUUUGCUACGACUCGUCCGUGGACGGUCAGUUGCUCGCGGCGUCGUUCGAGAUCAGCGACGUCCUCAUAUGGCGACUCUGCGAUGGUCUCUUGGUUCAACGUCUACAACAUCAGGGACAUGCAUACAAAGUUAAUUCCUUGUCCUUUUCCCCCAUUAGUCGCACCCUUGUAUCAGGAUUCGACGACGGGAGCGCGAUCGUCUGGGACAUUCCGAGUGGCCGUGCUCUUCUACGUCUAGAAGGACAUAGCGGGCCAGUAGACCAGGUCGCGUAUGCCCCUAAUGGCGCACUCAUCGCCGCCGCAAGCGGUGGCGACAAGUCCGUGAAACUUUGGGACGCUUUGACCGGGACAUGUAUACAGUCCUUCGAUUUCGAUACUUGGGGACAAAUAUGCAAGCUCGCCUUUUCCCCGGAUAGCCUGCGUCUCUAUGUUGAAGCGACCAUGACCAUCUUCGUCCAUGACAUCUCGACAUGUGCAUGUACUAUGAAAAUACAGGGUAGUCUCAAAGCUCAUAACUCAUUUUCGAUAUCCCGCCAAGGAGAUCGCAUAGCCCAUCAUGGCUCGGAUGGUCCCAAAAAAGUGUGGAUCUAUAGUACGGUGACCGGCGGCUCGGAUCUCACACUUCACCACCCACAAUCGCUCUCCUCGCCCAUGGCCUUCUCCCCAGAUGGCACUGAAGUACUGGUGAGCCUUCAUGCAGACAAGACCGCUGUCACCUACGACUCGCGGACGGGCAAGCUACGUCGCACCUUCAAGUUAUCAGAUAGCGGCCUACGUUGUCCAGCGUACUCCCCUGAUGGAGAAUACGUGGUCAUCGGCACUUGGGGCGGUAAUUUGGAAGUAUUCGAUGCAAAGUCUGGGGCACUCCUUGCGAAGCUCAAGGCUGGCGGACAUCUUACUGAUAUUCAAUUUGUACCUGACACACAGACUCUUCUGCUGGAGCUCAAGGAUAAGCCUCCUAGACUGUGUUAUAUUCAGGAUAUAAUGCGUAUGCGAUAGUGUACUAUUACCUGCCUUGACAAAUAUACCAUAUUGGUGCAGAGACAUAGAAAUACCUAACCAGUGUAAUCCAAUUCAUAGUACGAGUGCGGAUUACACGUAGUAAGUAGAAGGUAUAACCAGGUGUGAUUCCCACGAAAGGACAAACGGCAGGCCGGUCGGCAUCAUUGCCACUCAUGUCAGACUCCACAAGCCGUGCACUACAUUGGUUGCAUGACGAAAAAGGAAAAAAAAAAGCUGCAACGACCCCUGCGCAACCGGGU